ACUGGGCCCCGCCCCAUGCUUGGGACGCCCCUGCAUGUAGAAGAAUAUAAAAACACCCUUUACUUUAAAAAGUUGUUUCUUUCUGGAUGUUUGAGGUUGCUGAUCAUGCUGACAAUGUAUAAGGUGACUGCGGGUCUUGUGGCCCUGCUACUGGUCAGCACUGUGAGAGCUGAGGUAGGGUUAUUGCUGUUAAUCAAAAUUAUUAAAGAAAAACAUGUGUUGUCUGUGGGAGAGCUCCUGGAGAGGGCUAAUCGAGACAUUGUUCGUGGUGCUGACGAACCAACAGUUGUUGGGGACAUUGCAGUUGAAGACGAUAAUGGAAGGAAUGCUGAUCCCUGCAUAUCUACUGGCUGCAAGUGGCCCAAGUCCAGUGAUGGACUGGUGUACGUACCCUACAUCAUUGCCAACCACUUCUCCUCCCGUGAGCUGCAGGUCAUCCAGCGAGGUCUAGAUUCUUUUGCAUCUGUUUCUUGCAUUCGUUUUGUUCCACGCUACAAUGAGAGGGAUUAUCUCAGCAUUGAGUCGCGCAGCGGAUGCUACUCCUAUGUUGGACGGCUUGGUUAUGGUCAGACUGUGUCUCUGGACCGCAAUGGCUGUAUCUACCACAACACUGUCCAACAUGAGCUACUUCAUGCUCUGGGAUUUAACCAUGAACAGACCCGCAGUGACCGUGACAACCACAUCCGUAUCCUCUGGGAAAAUAUUAUUGAAAACAUGAAGUAUAACUUUGACAAGAUUGCUACUCUGAACCAGGGAACUCCCUAUGACUACAACUCUGUGAUGCAGUAUCACAGAACUGGAUUCUCUAAGAAUGGUAAACCCACCAUGGAGCCCAUCCCCAACAGCAAUGUAGAAAUUGGCCUGGCCAGAGAGAUGAGCCAAAAUGACAUUGUUAGAAUCAACAGAGUCUAUGAGUGCUGAACAUGGGAACAUUAAAUACUUGUGGUCUGUGAUGUGGCAAAUAUCCAAGGACAUAUGUCACUUUCAAACCAAAAGGAUCUCUGUCUGAUAUUCUGUUUUACUUCAUGGCUGAUGUAAUCAUAAAAAAAAUGUAAAAAGUAAACAACUGAAAUAAACUAAUGAACUAAUAUUAAA